AUGGCUCCGUCGACAGGCGCAGGUUCACCAGCGUCGAAAGCGAAACCAACGACUGCCGCGGCCGCAUCAGAUGCCGACAUCGCCACCAACAAGGCCCUCCUCUUCCACGCCGAAGCCGCGCGACUAGCGAAAUCAUGGCUCCGCGGUACCGCCGUCGGUGAUGGGCCAGACAAAGAUGAAGAUGAAGACAAAGCCGAGGAGGAUCUCGAACGAGAGUUCCUGCGGAACAAAGACGUCUACUCCGAGACAGGUGGUGUAGGGUAUCACCCUCCCACGGAAUCUUCUCUGUCAAAUGGGAUCUCCUCCGACCAUAAUACGACAACGGCGUUCUUGAGAAAGCAAUUACUCCGCGGCCACCAGCGGGGACGAGCCACGAAUGGAAGCGCACAGACACAUAAUGCCUCGACGGCGCGACCGAACACACAACUACGGGCACCAAGACAGGCAAAGGGCGAGGAUGAUUCGGACGAGGAAGAAUCGCGCUCGGGCGUGGUGGGCAAGAGGAAGCGAAACACCAAUGCUGGGCGCGCAGCAGCAGCGGUCGAGAGCGAAGCCUCUGGCUCUACUCCGUCGCAGAUCCACCCCUCCUCAGCCUCCGAGACGAGACAUUCACUCGAACCUUCUGACGCUGCUGAUUCCGCGCCGAACGAGUCGCAUGACCAGUUUGACAGCGCUCCUCAAGCGACCUCAUCUAGCAAUCCACAGGUGACCCUGCCCAGGGCAGGCAAGAAACGCGGAGCCAGCAGUUACCUAGACGAGCUGCUCGCCUCUCGAGCUGCGAAGAAGAACAAGAAGAAAAAGAAGGGCGUCGCGGAAUCCGAGCCAGGGUGA